AUGGGUCCCCUUAAGGUCGCAUACAAAGUGCGCAUCUCGAAACUUAGCGUUUCCUCAGUGAAAAGCGAGUCGAAAUUCAACAUCAAACCAGAGGAAAUAGUCUGGAAGGUCAAAUCCUCAAACUUGCUAUCGAAGAUCAAGACAAUUGUGAAGAGGGAAAAAGUAGUUUUUGGACCAAGGACUUGGAUGGACCAUUGGAAAGACAAUGUCCCUGUCAUAUCCGCUUCCAAGGAGUUUUAUGGACUUCCACAAGCUGUUAUCGAACUCUUGUGGACCUAUAUCAUUGAAAGCGACGAGAAGGGACAAACCUAUUAUAUGAAGCCAAGUCUGAUAGAGAGUGCGUAUCAUUAUGAUUCCCGUAAAGGAAAUUCAGAUGAAGGAUUUAAGGUUCAGAUGACUGGAGCUCGUACCCUACUGCGAAUCAAUAGCUUCUCUCGUUCACUUGCACUAAAGAAAUUUUGUGGAACUCUUCCUAUUUUCCAUGUGCCACUUGAGGACAACGGAAUCCUUCGUUUCGAUCCAAAAAGAGACAUCAUCCACAUACAGGAUUUCAACCAUCUCGCUUGCCAAAUGACCCGAACGGUUGGGAUGGGUCCAACACCCCAUUGGGACUAUGAAUAUUUUACUCAUUCCACUGCUACAGAACUCUUGAAAUUUCAUCCAGAAUUUCAUCAUAUGAGAAAUCUCAUGUUCGUGAAAGAGCGAAGGAGAAAGCUUCACCCCUUUAGACAUCGCAAAAAAUUCGUAGACACCCAACAGCUAUCUCGGCUCUUACACGAAUUAUGGAACAUACACGAAUUGCCUGGCUCGACAUGGCAUUAUUCUACAUCGAUACAGAAUCUUGUCAUCGAUUACACCUCCUUGUGCAAAUCUAUAAUCGUCAUCCAUAAAUUAAUGCACGAGAAAAAUAUCAACACUGUUGGCGCCCGUAGGAUGCCUGAAUUCACAGCUGAAUUUGGGCCCGUAUCAGAUUUCUUCAGAUUCUUGCGCGAAGUUGGCAAUGUCUAA